AAGGGAGUCCUCGCUUCAUCCGGGACCACAGCUCCAUGGUGAUGCGACGAGCCUGUUGUGUCUGUCGGACGUCCAUGCGAAGUCAAGUAAACCUGGGGAGGGUCGCUUGCCUGUCGGAGUAGGAGGAGGCUGGGGGGUGGGGUGGGGGGGGUGGUGGUCUCGGCUUUUUCUUCUUUUUUUUUUUUUUUGUUUUUUUUUGUGGAGUUUACAAUGCGCCUUUCACACGCGCCACGCCGCGAACGAUGAGACAAGUUCGCCGGACGUUUCGACGCUCCGCGAGCCCCUCUUGAUUCCCUGCAAAGCGAGUCUCGGUGAGACGGCGACGGCGGUCCUGGUAGCCGUGGGCGGGCAUGAAGAAGCCGAGCGCCCCGCUCACCGGGAAACGGUAGCGUACUGCGGGCACCGCAACUGCACAGGAACAUGGUCGAGAGGAGCAGCAAAUUCUUGUUGAUCGUGGUCGGAUCCGUGUGUUUUAUGCUGAUUCUCUAUCAGUACGUGGCGCCCGGGGUCAUCAAUUUCGGCUCGCCGCACGGCUACUUCGCCGAAGAGGACGAGGGGGACAUCUUCCCCACGCCGGACCCGCACUACGUCAAGAAGUACUUCUUCCCGGUGCGGGAGCUGGAGCGGACCGUCGAUUUCCAAAUCAAGGGGGAAGACGUGAUCGUGUUCCUGCACAUCCAGAAGACCGGCGGGACUACGUUCGGCCGCCACCUGGUGCAGAAUGUCCGCCUGGAGGUGCCGUGCGACUGCCGGCCGGGCCAGAAGAAGUGUACCUGCUAUCGGCCCAACCGCAAGGAGACCUGGCUCUUCUCGCGCUUCUCCACCGGCUGGAGCUGCGGCUUGCACGCCGACUGGACCGAGCUAACUAACUGCGUGCCCGGGGUUCUCAACAAGAAGGAGAGCAAGCAAAAAAAUCUAAGCAGGAAGUUCUAUUACAUCACGCUUCUGAGGGACCCGGUGUCGCGUUACCUGAGCGAGUGGCGCCACGUGCAGCGGGGGGCCACGUGGAAGACCUCGCUGCACAUGUGCGACGGGCGCACGCCCACGCCCGAGGAGCUGCCCUCCUGCUACGAGGGUUCCGACUGGUCCGGGUGCACCCUGCAGCAGUUCAUGGACUGUCCCUACAACCUCGCCAACAACAGACAGGUGCGCAUGUUGGCCGACUUGAGUCUGGUGGGCUGCUACAACAUGUCCACAGUGCCCGAGAAGAAGCGGGCCCAGCUCCUCCUGGAGUCGGCCAAGAAGAAUUUGCGAGACAUGGCCUUCUUUGGCCUGACGGAGUACCAGAGGAAAACCCAGUUCCUCUUCGAGCGGACCUUCAGGCUGCGCUUCAUCCGGCCCUUCAUGCAAUACAACAGCACCCGCGCCGCCGGGGUGGAUCUGGACAACACCACGGUGCAGCGCAUUGAGGAGCUGAACGAGCUGGACAUGGAGCUGUACGACUACGCCCGCGACCUCUUCCAGCAGCGCUACCAGUACACCAGGCAGCAGGAGCGCCGGCUGCAGCGCCUCAAGAACCACAUGCAGCAGAGCCACCAGGGCCCGGGCCUCAGCCUGUGGCCCUCGGCCCGCCGCUGCCCCCCGGGCCCCGAGCGGGACGACGACGGUGACGAGGAAGAGGGCGGCCGGACGGAGGAGGCGGCAGCGACGGGCGGCGGUCGGCUCCCCACCGAGGACUACAUGAACCAGAUCAUCAACCGCUGGUAGCGACCGAUCCGCCGCUGCCGAGACUGCUUUUGCAUUUCAAGUGACGGUUUAAAAAAAAAAAAAAAAAAAAAAGAGAGAAAAAAAAAACAAAGUCGGGUUGCGCCGUUACUAUGACGACCAGGGGCCGUCUGGCUCGGGGUUCGCCCAUUUAUUAGCGCUCGCCCAUCACCCCGCCGCUGAGUUCCUCUGUAUCUCCCGCCAUCAUUAGCGACUGAUAUUUUUAAAGACUCUGACAUCCAUUUGUCUCUUCCUCAAAAGUGUGAAUUCGUGGAUCAGACGGCGAUGGAUCCGCAAUAUUUCCUGGACUGUGUGCUCCAAAGCCCACAUCGCUCACUUGUCGGACCAUUUUAGCUCAUUGUGUCUUCUGUGUGGGUUGAUGCUUUUUUUAAAGCAGAAUUGUAGUAACACUGAGACCAACAUGGCUGCCUGAAGAUUCCUUCUUUACUAUGGAAAGCUGGUUGAGCAUUUUGUUUUCCGUAUCCUCAAUGUCCAGCUUAAAGUCCAUAUACUAGUACACUCGCAGACAAUUCGGCGCACUUCAAUAAAUGCUCAAUCAGAUUUAUGAAAAACUGUUUGAGCAUUUAUUGGAUAUACUUUACCACUAUUAAUGCCACUUUGGGUCUUAGUAUGCAAUCAAAUCUAAGUUGUAAACUACUGUGCUGCACUAUGUAACACUCCUUAGCCCAGUUGAAGGCACUAGUUUGAACAAUGAUACUAGUAAGACAGUCGUUCUACUAGAGCGCCAAAUAGUCAAGGAUAUCGAAUAAAUGCUCAAACGGCUUUCCAUAUGUACUUUCUUUUUUUGUUGUUGUUGUUUCUGUUUAGUUUUAGUCCUUGCCCGCCGGAGCGAAGCUUCGCCUCGCGCCGGCGUUGAGGGACCUCUCUCCUGUUUCACCUGCAGACGUCUGACAGCCAAUUAGCACGGCUCACUCCCGUCAGUCGGGAAGGCCUCAAACUCCGCACACGAGGGAGGGAAGUGGCGCUCGCCAUGGCGGCCGCUGCCCUUCAUUUAGCGAGGGGCAUUUUUCAGUUUUUCUUAUUUUCGUUUAUAUUUUGUUUGUUUUCUUUCUAUCUCUCCUCCUUCAGACCAAAAGGGUGGUUCAUUAGCUAUUUAACAGCUUUGAAGCGCAGAGGCGGCAGUGCCUCCAUGUGUUGCGCAUCGGGGACGGGGAACCUGCGGUGUGGGGGCCAUUUGUGGACCCCCCGCAGAGGGCGUUAGGUCCGAAUCUGAUGUCAUCUGCCAAAAGAAAGGAAGCCGCUCCUCAUUGAAUAUUACACGAGCUCGGUGAUUCCCAACCUACUGUACAUACUGGGUUUGGUUAUAAAAAGUAUAUACAGUGUUACCCCACAUAUGCGGAUAUUUUUUUUUAUUUUAUUUUUUUUUUUGGGGGGUGGACCUAUCCUCCAUUUUUUUGCUAAACAAAAUGCAUAUACCCAAAAAAAAGGUUUACAAUUGCCUAUGGAUGCCAUGUCUAAUAGAAAGGUAGUGAUUUGGCGCCAUUUUGCGGCAUCGGAAGGCCAAGAAACUAUGACGGACUGGCGGACCUUCCGUUAGACAGGCUAGUCGCUGCGAAAAUGCUAAAUUUGACCUCGUGACUUUAUUUUAUUCCUAGUGAAAACCACUUGCUGUACUUAUUUUAAGACAGUUUUGACUUCUUUAGAAAUUUUCAGCAGGGCAAAAAGGACUUUGAUACAAGAUCCUACUGUAAGAAUCUUAUCAAGUCGAUUAUUGAGUUCCAUUGGCAGAUUUUUUUUUUUUCCACUUAUUUUAGGAAUAUUUUUUUUUACGUUUUGAGAAGGUCAUUUUCUCCAGUGAAUCUUGCGGCAUCUCACGGGAAUUCGAAAGCUUUUAUGGAGGUGGGGUGUCAAUUACAGUUUUUCGCUAUUUGCGGUGUUGACACCCACCAAGAAAGGUUUAUAAUUGCCUAUAUUAACCUUCUAACCUAGUUGAAAUAGUAACUAUACCACAAACUAUGUAUUAGCCAAAAUCACUGAUAAUUUUCUGACUCAACAUUACCAUUAAAAGUAAAUGUCUUAUAGAUGAUUUGAUUUAAAAAAAAUUAAAAAAAAAAAAGAUACACCAGCAAAAACACGCAUGUGCACCGAAGACUCGACGUAACGUCUAACAACCCAGGCUAAACUUAGCUCCUCCUUCCUCCUGCCAAUCAAGUGAAAUUGGAUCAUUUCGGACGGCGCAGUGGUUGGGAAUCACCGCGCUAGCUUCUCCGACCGACCCUGGUUUCCAUAAUACGAUUGCCAGUUAACAUUCUGAAGUUCUCAAGUCAUUUUUCUUGACUCGUCAUACCGUGAUUGGUGCGUGUGUGCGUGUGUGUAAAUACUAUAUACAGUACGCUUUCUACUGGCGUAUGUGUAUGCCUUUGUAAAUAGUGUGCUUGACUGAAUGAGCGACGACUUUCAUGACUAAUAAUAUUUGUGUUGUUUAAUCAGUGGCGGUGGUCAACCUUGCUGCUAUAGCGACCAAUCGCCCCCUCCCACCCCCCUGUCAGGGGAUUGUCCUGCUAUAAUCCUUAUUUAUAUCUUGAUUUAGUAAAUCUGGCCCCCAGUUUGCAUAUGUUCACUCUUAGAAAAUGACAGGUUGGGUUCUGAUGGCAUUUUUGAGAAAUUUAGAACUAUUUUAGCACUUUUUUUUUCUUCUUCUUCUUCUCUCCCCGCCACUACACCCCCCCACCCCCCCCACCCCUUCCGCCUCUUAAUAUGGCAAUCUGGUGUUGGAAGCAAACUCACAGCCUUAUCAAAUUAGAAUGCCAUUUUUAUUUAUUUAAAUUUUUUUUUAUAUAUAUAAAAAAAUACUGGAUGAACUGGGGUGAAAGAACAAAUUUUAUUAUUUUUUUAAAUUUUCAAAUGACCUCAUAGCUGUAAAAUCCAAAUUUGGGAAAUAAGCUAUAUACUCAAAUGUUUGUGACCAAGUGCCAUAUUUGGUUAAGUUGGGAUGGUGCAAAAUUGUAAUUCUAAUGGUAAUGAAUGUUUGUUGGCUGUUUUAUCUACUUGAUCAUUUCAAGAUGGUUUUCUCAAAGUUUUUUUCUUUUCUUUUUUUUGUUGAUGAAGAAACAUUGGACAAAUGCUUUGGCCAAUUAACAGGCAACAAUGUUUUAUUUAUAUAAUUGCAUUCUGCUUUGAAAAUAAUUAAACAUUGACUUAAUAUUUUUUGUCAAGUGGUUCCACACAAUUUUAUAUAUUUUUUAAAACUAAACAUCCCCCAAAAUGUUUCCAGAAAAAAACAUAUCGUUAAACAAGCUACUAAAUGUAGUUGUGUAGGAGUUGUUGAAAUCAAAAUAUUAACUCAAACAAAAUCAACUUUUUUGUUUGUUUGUUUGUUUGUUUCGCCAAUGAAAUUCAAUAGUGUGGAAGUGGCUAGAUAAAAAUAUUGAUAUAGGAAAACAAGAAAAAUAUUUUGUGUUUAACUGACUAUAUACUAAUGUUUUGAACUGGCUGUCAUUAAAAAUACUAACAAAUAUAUACUAUUUACUAUUUUGUGUUCAACUUUGUAAUACAUUUAAUCUUUAAAAUAUAUAUUUUUGAUUUUAACUACAAAAUACAAUUGUGUGGGUUCAGUUGACAUACAACAAUAUUCAAUAUUAACACAAAAAAUACAUAAUGUCAAUAUUUAUGUUGCGCUGUAUAAACUCAAAAUACUUGUUUAAAUUGUUAAACGGGGGAAAGUGUCGAAUAUUUUUGGGUUCAACUAGAAAAUAUAUUUGUGUGUUUUCACAUGACACAAAAAAUAGUUAAAAAAUAAUGCAGAAUUUUGUAUUUUAACACCAAAAUACAAUUGUGUCGGCUUGUUCGACAAAAAAAUAUCUAAACUGUAUUUUGGUGUUAAACUGACAAAAUACAAUUGUGUUGAACUGCUUGUCCUGAAAAAAAAUAACAAAAUAUAUCAAUAUUGUAUAUUUUUUGUGUUCAACUUCAAAAUACCAACUGGGUGACUUUAUUGACCUGAGAAUGUUUUAAUAUUUUUAUUUAAUUUGUCUUGUGCAACAGACAAAAUAAUUGCAUUGAACAGGUUUACAUCCAAAUAUUAAGUCAAUGUUUCAUUAUAAUUUUUUUCUUUUUUAGUGUUGUACCAUACCAACUUUAACCAGAAGAGGCGUGAAAAUAAAAAAUGUUGAGGAGCCAUGAUGUAAUCAUCCAUCAUUUGCAUCUUUAUGACUAAAACCUAAUGAGAAGAUUUGUAUUGCGUCCAAUACAAGCUGUCAAAACCCAACCCUGGCGUCAAAAAAGCGUUGAGGCGGGACAACCAAUAAGGGCGAAAGGGAGAAGCGAAUGUACGAUUGAUGAGCGGUCGUGACACUGAAUGAUUGAGGGCGCUUCCCUCAAACUGUUGUUAUCAAUCAAAAGGGAUACAUCCAGAGUGGAUAGGCUGUUUUUUUUUUGCGGAGCACAUUUUUUUGUUUUUUUGUUUUGUUUUCACGUUUGGGUCCCAUGACAGAUUUUUUUUUUUGUGCUAAAUAUACAGUGGUGCCUUCAGAUAACAAAUCUAAAAUCAUAUUUCCCAAUUGAAAUGAAUGGACAUGCUAUUAAUCUGUUCCAGCCUCCCCACAAAAGAUUUUUGUUUUGUUUUUUAAAUCACGAAAACAGCACUAGUAAUAUUGUACUGCGUACAAACAUAUAUUAAUAACGUCAUUAAAUACAAUGUCAACAAUGAAACCUUUUGUGCAUCAUCAUUCAUUGCAGCUCCUUCUGGUGUGUGCGACUCGGCCACCAGGGGGCAGUAUAAUACAGUCAUGCAGACGCAAACGAAGAAGACUUUCACAACUACUGCAGUAAAAUUAGUUGUAUUUCCGCAGAUGAUAAAGACUAUAUACCCGUGAGUAUUGUUGUGUUGGCUGUCUACAUGUGUUGCUGCACCGAUUGUUUUCAAAUAUUCGCCGCUUAGAGGGUUAUAAAAUAAACUUAAAGGGUUAUAAACUUCAAUUGGGAAUGGCUGGCAGAAGCCUUGAAGUCUCUUUUUUGAAGAAUUUUUUCUGUCUGCUGCUUGUUGUGAAGCGAGUUGAGUUCACUGCCACCAUACAGCGCUCGUGUCUCAAGAUUUUUUGCAAAAAAUAUAUAUAUAUAUAUAUAUAUAUAUAUACAUCUAUAAAAUCGUUGGAACGACGAGUCUCUAGCUCAAGGCACCACUGUACAAUUGUUCAACCUGAAGCCAAACUCUCCUUUCGAAAAGAUCCCAAAUGAAUUUCACUGAAAUGAUUCCCGAACGAUGUCUUAACAAGAGUUUACAUUGUGACGGCAAAACAACCCGAAUGUUGCGAUCUUGUUUUUUUUUUUUUUUUUUUUAAUUAAUAUUGUUUAUUUUGAUGUUUUCGAAGCGCGGGAUUGAGACUUUGUUUAAAUCAGCAGUCUGUCUCAGGCUCUUUUGUGUACGCGUAGUCAUUCUGGCGCUGAUUCUUAUGACUGCAACCGUGAAUCAUCAAGCCACCGAUUAAAAGAUUUCCUUUUUA